AUUGGUGAUAAUAGUUCUACCAUGAUUGUAAGUAAGAAGCACUCUUGAGUGCAACCGCUCUUCCACCUUCCUAAAUAACUUGUUCCACCUUCCCAACAAUUAAAACAGCAGCAACCAAUCUUACACUACUUCUCAAUUAUCCUCUUUUUUGUGUUUCGUGUCAUUCCUUUUCUUGUCCUCCAUUAUUAUUUCUUCCUUCUUGGGUUCAUAACCAAUCUUAAUUUCACUUGCUUUUUUCAACUUAAUAAUAAUUUUGUUUAUUUAUCUUUUAAUAAUCAAUCAUUUUCAAUUUUCCCAUCCUAGUUGAAUGAACAACAAUCUCACUCCUUAACAUGGAUCUUGAAUCAAACAACAAUCCUAUCAAGAGAGAAUCAUGGAGGACGGUUCUAACUCUAGCAUUUCAAAGUUUAGGAGUUGUUUAUGGAGAUUUGAGUACAUCCCCAUUAUAUGUCUACAAAAGUGCAUUUGCAGAAGAUAUUCAUCAUUCCGAUACAAAUGAAGAAAUUUAUGGGGUUUUGUCUUUUGUUUUCUGGACAUUAACCCUAAUCCCUUUGCUUAAAUAUGUAUUUAUUGUCCUUAGAGCAGAUGAUAAUGGUGAAGGUGGUACUUUUGCCUUAUAUUCUCUAUUAUGCCGACAUGCCCGUGUUAGUUCUUUGCCUAAUUGCCAACUUCAUGAUGAAGAUCUUUCUGCUUAUAAUACCCACAAAAAGGAUGAUUUUGAUGAUAAAAAUGCUGCACAAUCUAGUUUGAAAUUAACAUUGGAAAAGCACAAGACUUUGCAUAACGUCUUGCUAAUUUUGGCUCUUAUUGGAACUUGUAUGGUUAUUGGUGAUGGUGUAUUAACUCCUGCAAUUUCUGUUUUUUCAGCUGUUUCUGGGCUGGAACUUUCACUAACAACUUCUAGGGAGCAUCAUCAAUAUAUAGAAGUUCCUAUUGCUUGUUUCAUAUUGAUCGUGUUGUUCGCUCUACAACAUUAUGGGACACAUCGGGUUGGAUUCCUGUUUGCACCUAUCGUAAUAACAUGGCUUCUUUGCAUAAGUGCAAUCGGUUUAUACAACAUUGUGCACUGGAACCCCUAUGUCUAUCAAGCACUCUCUCCAUACUACAUGUACAAGUUUUUGAGGAAAACCCAGAGAGGCGGAUGGAUGUCUUUAGGCGGCAUCUUACUAUGCAUGACAGGUUCAGAAGCUAUGUUUGCAGAUCUCGGACACUUCUCUCAAUUGUCUAUUAAGAUUGCGUUCAGUUUUGUUGUGUAUCCAUCGUUGAUCUUGGCAUACAUGGGACAAGCGGCUUACCUAUCUAAACACCAUUCUCUACAAAGUGACUACAGGAUUGGAUUCUAUGUAUCUGUACCUGAGAAGAUACGAUGGCCCGUUCUUGGUAUUGCGAUACUUGCUGCAGUGGUCGGAAGCCAAGCUGUUAUAACAGGAACAUUUUCUAUCAUCAAACAAUGUUCUGCUUUGGGUUGCUUCCCUAAAGUUCGAAUUGUUCACACAUCUUCUAAACGACACGGCCAAAUUUACAUACCCGAGAUUAAUUGGAUAUUAAUGCUGCUAUGUCUUGCUGCUACUAUCGGGUUUAGAGACACAAAACACUUGGGAAAUGCAUCAGGUUUAGCAGUCAUUACAGUGAUGUUGGUAACCACAUGCCUAAUGUCUCUAGUAAUAGUAUUAUGUUGGAAAAAGAGUGUAAUACUUGCGAUUUUGUUCAUAUUCUUCUUCGGUUCAAUAGAAGCACUCUACUUCUCAGCUUCGCUUAUCAAGUUCUGCGAAGGGGCCUGGGUUCCUAUUGCCUUGUCCUUCAUCUUUAUGAUGGUCAUGUAUAUUUGGCAUUAUGGCACAUUAAAGAAGUACGAGUUUGAUGUCCAAAAUAAGGUUCCAAUUAACUGGCUCCUCGAUUUGAGUCCAAAUUUGGGAAUUGUAAGAGUUCGUGGAAUCGGUUUGAUACAAACAGAGCUUGUCUCAGGCAUACCUGCCAUUUUCUCGCACUUUGUGACCAACCUUCCAGCAUUCCAUCAGGUGCUAGUCUUCCUUUGUGUAAAAUAUGUGCCUGUUCCUCAUGUCGGGUCUGAAGAACGAUUCCUUGUUGGACGAAUAGGCCCUAAAGAGUAUCACAUCUAUCGAUGCAUUGCACGAUAUGGUUAUCGUGACCAUCACAAGGAUGAGUUUGAGUUCGAGAAAGAUCUUGUAUGUAGCAUUGCAGAAUUCAUUCGCUCUGAAAAGCCAGAUAAUAGAAAUGUUCACAAAAGUGAGGAUGAGGAAAAUCUGACUGUUGUAGGAUCGUUUUCAACUAAUCGAGGAGUUAAAUUAUCGGAAGAUGAAGGUGAUAGUACCGAAAUAAUCGGCUCAUCCCAACUUCAAAAAGUGGACUCUUUGGAAAAACCAAGGAAAAGGGUAAGGUUUGUUGUCCCCGAGACUCCCCAAAUUGAUCGUGAGGCACGGGAAGAGUUGCACGAACUGAUGGAAGCUAGAGAAUCCGGCAUGGUUUUCAUCUUAGGACACUCGUAUGUGAGAGCUAAAAGUGGUUCGAGUUUGAUAAAGAAAAUGGCUAUAAAUUAUGGUUAUGAUUUCUUGAGGAGAAAUUCAAGGGCACCUAGUUAUGCAAUUAGUGUUCCUCAUGCUUCUACAUUGGAGGUGGGAAUGGUGUACCAUGUAUGAUUUUGUUUGUGAAAAAUACAAGCAAUAUACUUAUUUUGUAGUAUUGCUUCUUGGGUUGUUUUAUGUUGUGUAUGUACAUGAAUACAUGAUCAAUCAAAAUACACUUUACAUUGUUUAUUACUAUCAAA